AUGUCCGUCGGUUGGCGACCAGGCCUCAUUUCCCGUUGCCAUCAGGCCAUUGCCACCGUACGUCGCUGUUCCCAGCUGGCUCUGCCGCCCUACGUCGACCAGGAGAAACAUGCAUGCAACGCGAACUUGCAGGGUUGUGACGCCUCCGUCCUGCUCGAAUCCACCGAAGGUAACGUGGCGGAGAAGGACGCCAAACCAAACAAGAGCCUGCGAGGGUUCGGCUCCGUGGAGCGGGUGAAGGCCAAGCUCGAGGCCACGUGUCCGGGCAUCGUCUCCUGCGCCGACGUGCUCACCCUCAUGUCCCGCGACGCGGUCGUGCCGGUCAAGGGCCCCUUCUGGCCGGUGGCGUUGGGAAGGAGAGACGGCAGAGUGUCCAGUGCCACGGAGGCCAGCGACGAGCUGCCCCCAGCCUCCGGCGACGUCCCUCUGCUCACCAAGAUCUUCGCCUCCAAGGGCCUCAACCUCAAGGACCUAGUCGUCCUCUCCGGCGCCCACACACUCGGCACGGCGCACUACCCGUCUUUUGCCGACCGGCUCUACAAUAGCACCGGCGAGAGCGGUGCCUGCGGCCUCGUCGACCCGUCUUUGGACAGUGAGUACGCCGACAAGCUGAGGCUCAAGUGCAAGAGCCUUGACGACCGCGCUAUGCUGUCGGAGAUGGACCCCGGGAGCUUCAAGACCUUCGACACCAGCUACUACCGCCACGUCGCCAAGCGGAGGGGCCUCUUCGGCUCCGACGCGGCUCUCCUCUUCGACGACACCACCAGGGAAUACGUCCAGCGCAUCGCCACCGGCAAGUUCGACGGCGAGUUCUUUAAGGACUUCAGCGCGUCGAUGAUCAAGAUGGGCGACGUCGGCGUGCUCACCGGGGCCGAGGGAAAGAUCAGGAAGAAGUGCUACGCCCCCAACUAG